GGUCUCCCGGCGCCUGAAACCUGUGCCUGUCCUGGAGCAGGAGGCCCUUUAGGGAACAUUGUGUCCUGCUGACCCGUCAGUUCCCAUCCGGAACAGCUUGAAGGAUACAAGCAAGUGGUCUCAUUAAUCAGUGGCUUUCCAGCUCCUCCUUAAGACCUCACCCCGGACAGCCUCCGGGGUUCACAGGAACCAAACUUUAUCCGCUGAAGGCCGGCUGUAAGCAAAGGAGUGAAACUUUAGGGUGGAAUUUAAGGAACAAGUGAGCCAGUGCAGAAGGAAUUUGAAGAUAUUAAAAUGUCUGAUGAUGCUGGUGACACCUUAGCCACUGGAGACAGAGCAGAAAUGACUGAGAUGCCCACUAGAGAUUCUUUACCUGAAGACGCAGCAGUGCAGUAUGAUUCUGCUUCUGGUUCAAAUCAAGCAGCGGCGGAAGCUGAUCCUGGAGGAGAUGAUCUGCGUGAGAAUGCAGCUGGCCAGGGUGCGGAGCCUGCUGCCCAUGGGCACCCAGCGCCGUCCACAGACACCACAGCCCCGGAGCUCCCUCUCCACAGGGAAGCAACUGAGGACGCACUUGCUGAGUGCAUUGAGUCUGUCAGCCUUGAGGGAGAACCCGCAUCUGAAAUACCCCUGAUGGAGCAGAAUGAUCAGGCUGUGGAUUCCCCUCCGCGGGGAGGAGGAUGGGCCGGCUGGGGCUCCUGGGGCAAAUCUCUGCUGUCAUCUGCAUCUGCCACUGUGGGUCACGGAUUGACAGCAGUCAAGGAAAAGGCAGGGGCCACCCUACGGAUUCACAGUGUAAACUCCGGAUCUUCCGAAGGGGCCCAAGCUGAUGCUGAAAACGGAGUUCCUGAAACUGUGGCUGCAGAUCCAGCCCCCGCGGGAAGCGCCCCCACCCCUCUGGCCGCGGGCUCCCGAGGCGUGCUCUCCGCCCUCACCAACGUGGUUCAGAAUACCGGCAAAAGCGUCCUCACCGGAGGCCUUGAUGCUCUGGAAUUCAUCGGCAAGAAAACCAUGAAUGUCCUUGCAGAAAGUGACCCAGGCUUUAAGCGGACUAAGACGCUCAUGGAGAGGACCGUUUCCUUGUCCCAGAUGUUAAGGGAAGCCAAAGAGAAGGAGAAGCAGAGACUGGCCCAGCAGCUCACGGUGGAGAGAACUCCACACUACGGGAUGCUGUUUGAUGAAUACCAAGGUUUGUCCCACCUGGAAGCCCUGGAAAUUCUGUCCAACGAAAGCGAAAGCAAGGUUCAGUCAUUUUUAGCAUCACUGGAUGGAGAGAAGCUGGAACUCUUAAAAAAUGACCUGAUUUCCAUUAAAGACAUCUUCACAGCCAAAGAAUUAGAGAGUGAAGAGAAUCAAGAAGAACAAGGCUUAGAAGAAAAGGGAGAAGAGUUUGCGCGAAUGCUCACAGAGCUUCUCUUUGAAUUACACGUUGCGGCCACGCCCGACAAACUCAAUAAGGCCAUGAAAAAAGCCCAUGACUGGGUGGAAGAGGAUCAGACCUUGGUGUCGGUAGAUGUGGCCAAAGAGUCGGAGGAGGAAGCCGAGAAGGAAGAGAAGGAAGAGAAGGCUGAGGACCUUCAAGAAGACAGAAAGGAAGAACAAAGAGCUAAGACUGUAGAGGAAGUAUACAUACUAUCCAUUGAAAGUCUGGCUGAAGUCACUGCGCGUUGUAUUGAGCAGCUUCAUAAAGUUGCAGAAUUAAUUCUUCAUGGACAAGAAGAGGAGAAACCAGCUCAGGAUCAAGCUAAAGUUCUGAUAAAGUUAACUACUGCAAUGUGCAAUGAAGUGGCCUCUUUAUCGAAGAAGUUUACGAAUUCUUUAACCACUGUUGGGAGCAACAAGAAGGCGGAGGUCCUUAACCCCAUGAUCAACAGUGUAUUGUUAGAGGGCUGCAACAGCACAACAUACAUCCAGGAUGCCUUCCAGCUGCUGCUGCCUGUCCUGCAGGCCUCACACAUCCAGAGCAAUUGUUCGAAAGCACAGCCGUGACCUUGCGCGGUGCCGCACUGUGUGCGCGGGCACCAUGAAAGCAGAUGUUUUGACACAACUGGCCCAGGACACCCAUUGGAGAACACUACAUGCAGUUUUGCACAGACAGUAUUAAGAAUGAAGGUUUAAAGGGGGUUACCAUUUGCAGUGUAUAUGGUUGUUUUUGCAAAUAAUUGUGUUUUCUUUAUGUUAAUUUAAACUUAUACAGUUUAUAUUGAAAGUUUCCUUUCACCUAAAAUUCAUUCAUACAUAUUCAUGUCUGCUUUUCCUGGUCAAGCGAGUUAGAGAUCCAGAGGCAGACCCUAGAUUUUUUUAAAUCUUAAAUUUCUACCUUUAAAUGUCACAUCAGUUUGUAUACUAAACUUUGUUUUGUUGCCUAAAUGUCAUAGGCAACAACAUUACUUAUAGAGUUUAUUGGCUGUGGUAUAAGGGAAACAUUAAGUAUCACUUUAUAGUCAUUCAGUCUUGCAAUAAGCAUUUAUUGAGCACCUACUGUGUGCUCACAAUAAAAAAACAGUCUCACUCCAGGUGAGACAGGUGCUCUGAAAGAGGGUUUACAAGACAAUUCUUAAAAUACUUUGAAAUACUAAUGAAUUUUCUAAGUCUUAAGACAUUGGAGAACAAGGUAAAUUGGUACUUUUUGAAAUGUUCUACCCUUCAAUUUAUUCUCUUUUUCUAACCUCCUUGAACAUUUUUAAUCCCAAACUUUAAAUAUAGGGUAAAAAUGUGUGUGAAAAAGUGGAUGAGCGUGUAUUUAGUUUAAAAUUGACUUCUUAAGAUCGUGAGCACACAGUGGCCUAAUUUCAAAGCUUGGAAGUAUUCUAAUUGAAAAUUGAAGGGAUCUCAGAACUGAGUUUUAAAAAUCUACCCUGAUCCCAUUCACUGGUCACAAAGGACAGAAAAUACUGGCCUGCGGGUGGCUGGCUCAUGUGCUGAAGGCCUUCUUUGCAUGUGGGGGACCUCAUGAUGGACACUUCUGAGUCCCACACAGUCAUCACGGGUGACACUGUGAUGCUCCUAUGCCACGCCCCGCUGACAUCCCUAUCAGUGGUGUCAGAGGAACCUUUGCCCCGUGGCUCUCUCCAAGGCAAAUGAAGCUCGUAGCUUUGCAAGGGGUGGAAAUCCUUUGUUCUCAUUUGCUUCUAUUCCCCAGUAGAGUCCACGGCCUUUGUUCCCUACAGACUACAUAGGGAUAUUUUAGUAUCUUCCUGCUUCUCAUUAGCAUUUUGUUUGUCUUUGUUCUGUAUUUCAUUUGUGUAUGUCCGAAACAGCCAAACAGAAAACAGCAGAACAAUUUCUUUACAACUUGGAAAAAUAAGAUUCUCUAAGAAAUCAAUUAAAGAUGUUUCUUCUCUUUU